UUUUUUUUUUUGUGCUUCAUGUUUCAAUGGUUUUAGCAAUCGUUUAUAGAGGGCGCCUGUUACCACUAUCCUUCACUAAUUCUUUGUAUACGUGUUCUUGUUUGCUUUCUGUUUAAGACAGGAAUAUAUUUUUAGAUUGAUUUCAUCCCAAGCAGAACUACAACCUGCACAUUCCUUUAUUUAAAAAAAGGAGUACAUCGUACAUUAAAACUUUCAUCCCCGUGUAUUGUGUGGGACUGGCUUCAUGCUUUGCGCAGCGCUUGCCUCGCUUCAUUAAUCCACACGGUGGAAACCGGCGUAAGCAAAAAAUGGCCGCCGCCGCCGACCUCAAAAUGGAGAGCGCCAAAACCGUGGACGUCCACCUGUUCUCCUGCGACAUCAAGCACCGCGGCAAGGCCAAGGCGUCCACCUACUUUCUGCCCCACGUCGAACCCGUCGACGGACAGCCGGGCAUCUUCAAGUCGCACCUGCGCGGUCGACCGCUCAAGGGCCGUCACCUGACCCUUCCGGAGGGUUACAGCGGCAUCGUCGCGCGGAGUGCGGCCACGGACUCCGGCGAAAGCAGCACGAAGCAACUUUACGUGAGCGGCAGAUUCGACAAGAUAACCGCCUGGAACUGGAGCAUCCCGCUCUACGAGGACAGGUGCCGGCAGAUCAACGACUGGAUCGUCGUGAACCAGGCGCUGCACGGACAGUGCGACGACGAGUGAAAGGAGGCGCCAAACGAGCGCCGGGUGAAUGUGCUGCGCGUGAAUAUCGCUGCGCGAUUGUAGGAAAUUGUUUCUCGUUCGAAGAUUUGUUCCGUUAAAUUCCGCCGACCCGUGUCUACUUGAGGCGGCGAUGUUGACAUUUGUUCGGUUGUGACGGUUCGACGUCAUUAACCACUGUUGUGCGCGCAAGCGCAUCAUACACGCGUGACAUUCGAUGUGGUUACUGCAAAGUCCGUUUCAUUCCGACCGCGAGUUUGUUGCCGUGUUUGAUGCAUUAAAAUGGCGGCAAUAAAGUAUACCUUGCAAAUCGC